CUUCCGCCACACGCACUCCUUGCCGUUACCCCGGAUAAAACAUUUUCUUUUCUCUCCGUCGCUCUCCCUCCUUGAGGAUUCGGUGCUCAAGCAAUCGACAGAACCAAGAAGCAAAAACAAGAAGAAGACGAGGGAACGAAAAUUCCAAUGGCGUUAAAGUUGCGCUACGGAGCCAGUAGUUCAAAUCCUCAAAUGGCACCAAGGGUGACAGGUUUACAUUUUAUCUGCAAGGAACUGUUCCAUCUGAAUGGUCCUUUUCACCAUAAGGACGGAAGAAGGUGGAGAUGCUGUUUGAAGCAUGGGCCACUUAUAUUUGAUACAGGGAGUUUUUUUGGUAGCAUGGUUGGGCCAUGUAGACGAUAUUCACGUGUUACCAAGGCUAGAAGGAUGCCUGUGUGGCUCCAAUCUGCUCCUUCAGAUGAUGGUUUAGCAGUUAGUGGAACCUCUGCUGCAAACCCCAGAGAUGAUAUGGAAGAGAUGCGGAUAAAGUUAAAUCAAUCAUUGCAAGGCGAAGAUUCUAGCGAUGGUCUGGUUCAGUCCAUAUAUGAUGCUGCAAGGGUUUUUGAGUUGGCUAUUAAGGAACAUAGCCCUGUCUCAACCAUUCCUUGGUUUUCAAAGGCAUGGAUUGGUGUAGACAAAAAUGCAUGGAUCAAGAGUCUUUCAUAUCAGGCUGCUGUUCAUUCUUUGCUGCAAGCAGCAUGUGAAAUUGCGUCUCGAGGAGAUGGAAGGGACAGAGAUGUUAACUUGUUUGUUCAGAGGAGUUUGUUGAGACAGUCUGCUCCUUUGGAGAGUGUAAUUACAAAAGAACUUUCUGGGAAGGACCAAGUGGCAAGUGAAUGGUUCUGGUCACAGCAAAACCCAGUGGUUAUGGCAAGUUAUGUUAAUUAUUUUGAAGCAACUCCUCGCUUUGCAGAAGCAACAAAAGUAAGCAAAAAAGGUGUAUCAUCCUGUGAUACGACUCACGAUGUGUCUCUCCUAAUGCUUGCACUGAGUUGUAUUGCUGCAAUUACAAAGCUUGGACCAGCAAAGAUUUCCUGCCCCCAAUUUUUUUCUCUUAUACCAGAUGUUACUGGAAGAUUUAUGGAGAGGCUUAUUGAUUUUGUUCCUAUAGAUCAAGCUUAUGGCUUUAUGAGAAAAAUAGGAUUGCGCAGAGAGUUUCUUGCUCAUUUUGGUCCUAGAGCAGCAGGUUGCCAGGACAAUCUAGAUAAGGACACUAAAGAGAUAGCUUUUUGGGUUGAUCUUGCCCAGAGACAGCUGCAACGUGCUAUUGACAGGGAAAGAAUAUGGUCAAGACUCACAACAUGUGAAAGUAUAGAGGUUUUGGAAAAGGAUUUGGCGAUAUUUGGAUUCUUCAUUGCGCUAGGAAGGAGCACAAAGUCAUACCUUUCAACUAGUGGUGUUGAUGUGAAGGAUGAUCCUGUUGAAGAUAUCAUAAGGUAUCUAAUUGGUGGAAGCAUAUUAUAUUACCCUCAGCUCUCUUCCAUAAGUUCCUAUCAGCUUUAUGUCGAGGUCGUUUGUGAAGAACUGGAAUGGCUUCAAUUCUAUUCAAAUAGUUCGGUUGCCUCAAGCCAUGAGCAUGAAGAAAAUGAAUGGCACAGCCAAGGAUGUUCCAAGAAGGAGGCUAUCGUGAAUGCCCUAGAGACAUGCUUCCAUUGGUUUGAGAGCUUUAUUAAAUACAGCUCGUGGCUUGAGAACCCUUCUAAUGUUAAAGCAGCAAGGUUUCUUUCUAGGGGACACCAAAAGCUAAACCAAUGCAAAGAAAGACUGGGAGUUUUAAAGGGAAGAACAUCCACUGUCACUACUCGGGAUUCAGGUGCAGCUCUUCGAAGUGACUCAUUAGUUGAGCCAGAUGGAGAAUCAUUUGAACAGGCAUGCACAAGUUCUUGGUUUUCCACUAAUUUGGAAAAUGCAUUGCAGAGUGUUGAGGAAGCUCUGAAGCGGUUAGAGGAGUUGCUUCAAGAGCUUCAUGUGAGUAGCACCAAGACAGGGAAGGAACACCUUGAAGCUGCUUGCUCUGAUCUGGAAAGGAUAAGAAAACUUAAAAAGGAGGCUGAAUUUCUUGAAGCAUCAUUCAGAGCCAAGGCAGCAUCACUUCAACAGGAAGAAGAGGAUGCUUUACGAAGUUCAGUCAGUAAGGAAGCCCACUUUGGAAAUAUAAACGCUUCAAAAGAGGAUAAUAUGGUGCUUAAUAAUGAGAAAGAUAAAGUUACAAAGAGGGCUUUUCAUGACUCUCGUCGUUUGUGGAGCUUCUUUGCACCACGAUCAAAGAAAACAGGAUUGGAAUUAUUGGCAACAAAAUCAACUGUUGAUGAAUCACAAGUAUCUGGCACCACUAUUACUGGAGAUGUUAAAGCCGAAACCAAUGAUAUUCUCCGUUUUGAACUUUUAAGAAAUGAACUGAUUCAGCUUGAGAAGCGUGUGCAGAGGAGCACCUCUGAUGCCCAAAAUGAGGAGGAUGAAGAGUUUGUCAAUGAAAGUUCUAGUGAAAAACUUGUGGCAGAAGCUCCAAGCACGGCACCAACACAAUCAGAGAAGAAGGAAAGCAUCAUCGGGAAAUCAAUUGGCAAGAUCAAGGAAACUGGAGCGGAUGUGUGGCAGGGCACACAACUGUUGGCCAUUGAUGUAGCAGCAGCAACAGUCUUACUCAAGAGGGUAAUUACUGGCGAUGAAAUUACGGAAAAGGAAAAGAAGGCCCUUCAGAGAACUGUAACAGACUUGGCUUCUGUAAUACCCAUUGGCAUUCUUAUGCUUCUACCUGUUACAGCAGUGGGGCAUGCGGCAAUGCUUGCUGCUAUUCAAAGAUACGUGCCAGCACUGAUACCGUCUACAUAUGCACCAGAUAGGUUGGAUCUCUUGAGGCAACUUGAAAAGGUGAAGGAAAUGGAGCACUCUGAGCUUAAUGCAGAUGACACUGUUGAAAUGGAUAACUUAGCAAAGGACCCACCUGAUGACUGAAGUACCAUAAAGUCGCAGGAUGGUUUGAGAUAAUGGUUGCCGCUGUAGUUUGAGCAUGGAGUUUUCCAAUGGAAAGCAUCACGGACUUCAGGAGGCUGAUAAUUGCUCUUGCUACUUUAUCAUCAGCUGGAGUUGAUCCAUGCUCAGUCAGAUGAGAUGUGGCAUCCUUUGUAAAUUCUUUUGUAUUAACCGAUCUUGUACACAGAAACAAAAUUUUGUUUUCUUGAAGACUUCAGCCAUAAUAUUGUUGUCUAGGGGCCUUUUAUUUGUCCUCAUCAUCAGACGCUGUUGGCUGGCAAAUUCACAUGUAUAAACAUGCUCUACCAAAUAUGAAAUCCAAAAUUUACACACUAAAAAAUAGAAGAAAUUCAUUUCAGGAAAACGAUUUCAGCAAGUUUCUUUUUAAUUUGGUUACUGUGCUGUAUAUUUUUUUGCCUUUAGAAUGUACUUACUGACUUUCAGGGGUCGAACUUGGGGCCCUGAUUUUGAUGAAUUUUUUAAUGAUGUGAGUGCAAACUGCAGUCAUCUAGAAGUAAUCUACAU